CGUGCACCUUCCAUCAACUUUGCACUGUAUGAUCUCUUUUAAUGCAUACACCUUUUUGGUCGUAUUAAGGGGUGUGGUUCUUCUUCUUCUUUCUCGUGUUGUAUUCAUUUUGUGUAUGUAUGAUGGCUAAGGCGGAGCUCGGCUGUGCCGUCGCCAUGGUUUUGUGCUCUACCGUCUUUGUCGCCUGCGCCCUCGGCCUCCACUUGCCUGUCGUUGCUUUCGCGGCGGAGGAUGCGAAGUUGGUGGAUGCCACAACUGGAAAACUACCGAGAGAACAAUGCAAUCUUUUCAAAGGCAGGUGGAUUGCAAACCCUGCGGGACCAGCUUACACGAAAGCAAGUUGCAAAUUCAUUUAUGCCUCUCAAGAUUGUAUGACAAACGGGCGACCCGAUAGAGAGUAUCUUUACUGGAGGUGGAAACCAUACGGUUGCGAAUUACCUCUAUCUAAUGCGAAGAAGUUCUUAAAUUCGAUGCGAAAUAAAUCGUGGGUAUUCAUCGGCGAUUCGAUCCUUACCAAUCAAUUAGCCUCCUUGCUUUGCCUCCUCUCUAAGGGCGAAGAAGUUACUCAGGAUGAAACAUACAAAACUAGUAGAUGGCACUUCCCCUCACACAACUUCACACUCGCAGCAAUUUGGACUCCUUUUCUACUCAAAGCGAGCGACAAAGUCUAUAACAUCAGUAUCCAUCUCGACGUCCUUGACAGUGCAUGGGCGAGCCAAUACAACGACCACGACUACGUAGUAAUUGCCGGUGGCCAUUGGUUCUUCAAAACAGCUGUAUUCUUCGAGAAUGAUACAGCUAUCGGUUGCCAUUACUGUCGCAGAACGAACUUACCGAACUUGCCUGAAAUCGGUAGCGACUUCUUGUACCGAAAAGCCCUACAAUUGGCUUUUCGCUUCAUCCUUAGCUCGGAUCACAAGCCAAUUGUUCUCUUUAGGACUUGGACUCCGGACCACUUUGAGUUCGGGGAAUGGUACAGUGGAGGGGUUUGUAAUAGGACUAAACCUUACAGAGAGGGCGAGUUUAGUGGAGAUGAUGUGGACCGUAAAAUGCGAGGGGUCGAAAUCGAGGAGUUCGAGAAGGCGGUGGCGGUCGGGAUGCGGAACAGGACGCGGAUUCGGCUUUUGGACAUUUACCAUCUUUCUCUUUUAAGGCCUGAUGGACACCCGGGGCCAUAUCGGCGGUUUCAUCCAGAUUUGAGUAAGAAGACUCAAAAUGAUUGCUUACAUUGGUGCUUACCGGGGCCGGUUGAUGCUUGGAAUUAUAUUGUUAUGAAAAUGGCGUUAACCGAAGGCGAUAUGAGGUAUUCGUCUUGAAUUUAAUUUGAAAGAUGGAUGAAGAAUAUGUUGGAUUAUGGAUCAUGUCAAAAUUGUAAUGACCGUUGCUUAGCCUUUGGUUGAAACUAGGGCAAGUUUGGGUCGUGUAUGUAGCAUUUUUUAUUAUUUCAACAUAAUCAGAAAUC